AUGAUCAGCGGGCCUUCUGAUGUCGUUGAUGAAGGCACCGGCUCUGGCUGUGGUGGUGCCGAUGAUGGCAUCUCUGUGGGUACUGGCGGUGUGGGCACGGCAUCGGAUGUGGAUGCCGUUGCGGAUGCGGAGACUGCUGGAGGUGGCGCGAUUGAAGAUGAAGAUGGUUGUGCUGAAGAUUCUGGAAGCGGUGCCAUGGAUGUGGAAGCUGAUGUGGGUUGUGCUGAGCUUGACGGGGCGGGUGACAUGCUUGGUGCAACAGAGGGUGACGGGGUGAGUGUAGGCGCAGGAAUGUCUGAUGUCAAAGAUGACAGUGCAGGUUCGCUGGGCGUUGGCUCUGCUACUUCCGAAGACGAACUCGCGAGUACAGAGGAUGAGGCUGCUGAGCUGGGUAUGACUGGCUCUGGUACAGCGGAAGAAACUGGUAUCUCGGGUGCUCCACUUGGCUGUGGUGUGGCUGUCGGCAUGACUGUAGUGUAUGAUGUCACAAUCACUACAGGCGGUACCUGGAGGGAUGCUGAUGGGGAUACUUCAGCCGGGGCGUUUGAUGGAGCGGGCAUGGGAGUGCCAGCCACUUCUGAUGUUGGAGAGGCUAUUGGAGCAGACUCUUGA